AUGGGACCCCUCAAGGGUCGCCGCAGCGCUCCCAGCCGCUGGCCACCGCAGAAGCGGGCACCCACCCCUGGACGGCUGCGGGAGGCCCAGGUGGAUGAGACUGGUCGCCCGACCCUCGCGGUGCACUUGCUGGAAGACCAAGCGGUGGCCACCAUCGAGGACUCUUUGGGCGCUCCGUGGCCGUAG